AUGGAUAACGAGGUUCUACCUGGACAUUUUCUUCUCCAUAGAGCAGCUAUAACGAUCCCGAGACUUGAGUUUUUAGCGUGUUUAAUUGCUGCUCGCCUAGCUGAGAAUGUUAAAAAAGACAUAAAAGAAUCAGAUAUUGAAACAUACUAUUGGACUGAUUCCACGAAUGCUCUUGGGUGGGUAAAAAGAGAAGAUUAUUGGGCUACUUUUGUCACCAAUCGAGUAAAGGAAAUUCGAACUAUAUCUCAUCCUAAUGAUUGGCAUUACAUACCUGAAAAAUAUAAUCCUGCAGAUAUACCGUCUCUAGGUUGUACCAUCAAACACCUAAUUGAAUCAAGAUGGUUACAGGGCCCGGAAUGGCUAAAGUAUCCGAAGGAAAGAUGGCCUAAAUCAGUUCAAAUUGAGAUGGACGAGGAAAUUUUAAGUCAAGAGAAGAAGAAAACUGCUAUUGUAAAUACAGAGAAGAUAUGGUAUCAAAACAAGUUUUCUUCAUUCCCUAAGUUUCUAAGAACAAUCUUUUGGGUGAUGCGUUUCCCUUCUAAUGUUAGGAAGCCGAGGUUACAAAGGUAUUCUCUUACACUCACCGUUGAAGAAAUAGAGCAAGCUGAAGUAAUUUUAUUGAAAGCCAUACAAUUAGAAGCUUUUGGAACCGUUUCUAAUCCUAUUUUGAAAUCAUUACAGUCACAAUUGGAUGAAUCUGGUGUACUUCGAGAGACCACCCGCUUGAUUCAACAAGAAGACACCGAUGAUUUUAAACGUCCCAUUGUGCUUCCGAGUAAACAUCCUGUUGUUGAUUUGCAGAUACUUGAACAUCAUCGUAAGUUGAGUCACGCUGGAGUUCAGACCUUAAUGACUCUAUUAAGAGAAAAAUUCUGGGUAAUAAAAUUUAGAGGAACUAUUCGUCGAGUCAUUAGGGGAUGUAUAAACUGCCAACCAUUUAAAGUUCAGAAUGCAGAGGUAUUGCCAGCUCCUUUACCUGAGAAACGUGUGAAAAACGCUGCUGCUUUUGAAAUAACAGGCAUAGAUUUAGGAGGACCACUGUAUUUAAGUAAUGGAGAAAAAACAUGGUUUGUUUUACUUACGUGUGCAAUAAUCAGAGCAGUACACAUUGAACUUGUUCCAUCACUGAUCACUGAAACCCUCUUACUAGCUUUCCGAAGGUUCGUUUCAAGAAGAGGAAGACCCUCUCAUGUCUACUCUAACAACAGCAAAAACUUUAUAGGAGCUAAUAAUAUUUUCCAAUCCAUUAACUGGCAAAAAAUCGAAGAAAUAGCUUCAAUACAAAGAAUUAAGUGGACGUUCAUCCCUCCUACCACCCCGUGGUGGGGCGAAUGGUGGGAGCGUCUUAUUAGAAUGACCAAGGGAAUAUUGCGAAGAGUAUUGGGAUGA